UGAAUUCAAUGAACAAAUAUGAUUUUGAACAUAAAGAGAAAAAUUCCCGUUACACAAAGCAUGAUUAUUUGACUUUAUAUGGAUCCUUAAUAUGAUAUGAGUGUAAAUUUGCUUAGUGGAUAAUGAUUAUCAUCCAAUACUUAUGAUGAAUAUACACUAGGAACUUAUUAAAAUUCUACAUUAGAUUGAUUUUAUUUGUUUAAAAACAUGACAACUUAACAUCAUGUAUAUUCUAUGUAAAGAUUGGAUAAUUGUAAUAUUGAUAUGUUCAUUUAUUUGGAGAGCAAAUACAUAUAAAGCAGAGCAAAUUAUACGUCGCGGUCCUGGUCAAGAUCCACAAUGUGCAGACCCUUUAAUUAAUUCAGUUGAUAAAUUUCCAGAUACUUCAUUUUCAUCUAGUAGUGUUUGGAAGAACGCCACUGAUUUCCAGCCAUUUCGAGCUAGGUUAACAGAAGUUUAUGGAAGUAAUGAACAUACAAGUGGUUAUGCAUGGUGUCCAAAUACACAUGUAGAGGAUGGUUUACGUGAAUGGAUUCAAGCAGAAUUCUCACAUUUAGUCAUUAUUAGUGUUAUAUUUACAGCUGGACGUGGUGAUGGAAAUGUAAAAGAAUAUAUGCCAAAUUUUGUUUUACGAUAUCAACGGGAAGAUAAUGGUGUGUGGUAUGAACAUGUAAAAACUGAUGGUACACGAGUCCUCAAAGCUAAUAAUGAUCCACGAAAUAUUGCUAGAACUACACUUGAUUCAGUGGUUAUCGCUAAACGUAUCCGUAUCUACCCUUAUAGUCAUCGAUCAAAACAACAAGUUUGCUUACGAUUUGCAUUGUAUGGAUGUGAUUUCCCAGAUGGUGUCAUAUCUUAUUCAAUGCCACAAGGUGAUACUAUCACAUAUGGUCAACAAUUAUUAUUCGGUUCACCUUAUUCUACUAUUCCACAAAAUUUUCAAGAUUUAACUUAUGAUGGUCAAUUGAUUGAAUUAGAAAAUCAAUUAGUCGGUGGAAUAGGUCAAUUAAUGGAUAAUAUUGCCUAUUUAGGCAAUGUUACUCAACAUUCAGAUUCUCAUCCAGCUCAACCUGGUUUUCAUUUUAUUGGUUGGAAUGUUCCAAAUAAGAAUUUACGCAUUGUUUUUAAAUUUGAUGAAGUUCGAACUUUUAUUUGGUUACGUAUAUUCACAUUCGACUCUGUCCCAUUGAAAUCACGUGUAUUUUCACAAGCUAUCGUUGAAUUCAGUAUGGAUGGAAAGAAUUUUGAUAAAUCCAUUGAAAUUUCAACAAAUCAUGCUCGUCUAAUUGAUCCAAGUCAAAUUAAUCCAACACGAUUGUCUAUAUCUGAUAAUGAUAUACAAUCGUCAUCAUCAUUAUCUAGAUUGAAAAGAACAUCAAAUUCAAUGCACAAUGGAUUAAUUCAAGACACUAUAAUUUAUAAUAAUCAUGAAUGGGAUGGUGCAUUAGUAGUACAAAUCCCAUUAGCCAGUUAUAGAGCUCGUUAUGUUAGUUUGACUUUAACAUCAACUGACUCAUGGAUUUUAUUAUCUGAAGUACAAUUUAAUUCAACUAUUGUACAGCCUAAAUCUCUACUACCGUUAUUAUCCAAUGAAGAGAUUAAUAAUAAUAAUAAAUCAAUGAAAAAACCACCUGAUGAUGAUACUUCUAAUCAUUUAGAUAAUUCUCAGAAGAAAUUAUUCAAUACAGAUGAAAAUUCAUUUCGUGCUUCACCAAGAAUAGGGGAUCAUUCAGAAAUGUUAAAUAAACAAGAUAUAAGAAACUCUAAUAAACCUAUGAAUCCAGAAAUUCAUUCACCAAUGAGUGUAGGCAACGAGAAGUCACUUACAUCAAAUCAUGAAAUUCGUUCAGCUGAAGAGAAUCUUGGUAAUCAUAAUGAAAAUUAUUAUUCUGCAUCUUCUUCAUCAACAUCAAUUUCAUCAUCAUCAUCAUCAUCAUCACUGUCAGCAUCAUCAUCAUCAACACAAUUAUCUCAAAUUAUUGUCAUUGUAUCUUAUGUACUAGGUGCUAUACUUUGUUUAUUCAUCUUGCUAGCUAUAAUAAUUAUUGUACAGAGAAAAUGUAAACAUUAUUUACAUUUUAAACAUCAAUGUUGUAAGCAAUUAACAGUUGAAACAACAGGGAUUUCACCUAAUCAAUCCGGUGGAUUUUAUUCACCACUUUCUUUAAUUGGUACAUGUGGAAGUACUAAUCCUCAUCCUCAUGGAGUGAAUAGUUUAUUAAAUUAUAAUGUUGUAAAUACAAUGAAUAUUCCAGAAGCUGCAAAACUUUUACAAUCUUUGUCUACGCUAUCACCUAAUACAAGAACAACGUUAACAACUACAACAACAGAUAAUUUUGUACAUAAUAAUAAUAAUAAUUGUUUAUCGAAUAAUGGUGGAAAUGUUGGCGGUGUCGGCGUCAAUCAUACUGUUCUGCAUCAUCCAAAUAACAUAUUACAAUAUACUAUGAACAAUAAUAGUAAUACUUUAGCCACAGAAAGUAAUUCAAUCAUUGUAAAUAAUAACAAUAAUCGGUUAUUCGGUACAACAUGUGCUAGUAGUAUUGGUGGGAUCGGGGAUGGUCGUAUAAGUAAAUUAGAUUAUGCAUCUACAAUUGGUCAACCAUUACCACCUCCACCUCCCCCCACACUACCAAAUGGUUUAUUACUACCUUGUAUACCUCAAACUGGUGUUGUCGGUGGUAUUGGUAUGAAUCAUCAUAAUCAUUCUGGAACAACUGAUCAGCAUCACCAUCAAAUCAUUGAACAACCAACAAGUAUGUAUAUGCAAACCAAUGCUGCUAAUCGAUUGGUUGGAAAUGAUUUGAAUAGUUUAAAUGGAAUGAGUCCUGAAUAUGCCAGUGCAUCUAUAUUCGGCUUUACACCACCACCAUCGGAUCUAUCAGAUGGAGCAUCUAUUAAUUGUGGAGAGAACAACAAUAAUGGUAAUAUUCCAUCGAAUUAUUACCGUCCAAUUAUUUCAAGACUUGGUAAUAAUCAACAUUAUCCAACACCUGGUUUGAUGCCUAAUUUAAGUUCCAAUUACAAUGGACCUCUUAGUACAUUAUCGAAUACAGGAGGGCCAACUUAUGAAUUGCAUACAAAAAUGCAUAUUUUACCUAACGACACUAUAAAUAAUGAUAAUAGUAAUAAUAAUAUUAAGAAUAAUGAGCAGUUUUAUUCAUCAACUGUAAAUCAACCAAAUGCAACAGGAUUUUUAUUUCUUCCACGUUCACAAAUUGGAAAUGUUGGGGGAGGUGGAGGCGGUACUAUGAUGAAUCGAAUAUCGUUUGCUACUAAUCAAUUUCCACAAUUGAAUCAUACUAAUAUUCCUAGCAAUAAUGGAUUUAUAUCUGUAACAAGUGGAGAUUUAUAUAAUAUCUAUCAAACAACUGGGAUAAAUCUACCAAUUCAAUCAAAUUUACAGACCUCUCUACAACAACAACAACAGCAACAACAACAACAACAACAACAACAACAACAAAUGUACUGUCAACAACAGCCAACUGAAUAUAAGUUUAUUAAACAAUCUGAUGAUAAUACAACAUGGCGAUUAUCAUCAACAUUAUCGAAUAAUCGACAAUCAGUUAUUAUCAAUUCGACACCUCAACAGAUAUCACCAUUUACCGAACAAUGUUUAAAUAAUUUAGAUUCUUCAUGGACCGGUACUGUAAAUAGUAAUAAUAAUGAUAAUAAUCCUCAUAGAAUAACAAAUAUAACAGAUACAAAUAUAAUGGGUACAUUGAAAGCUAACUAUUUCCUCCCUAUUAUGAAUACUUCAACAACACUAAACAAUAAUAAUAAUAAUAAUAAUAAUAAUAAUAAUAAUAAUAAUAAUAAUAAUAAUAAUAAUAAUAAUAAUCCUAAACACGAUGAACAACAAAUUGCACAAUCAUAUUUUCUUGCAAAUCAUCAACAAGGGAAACAACAACAAAUUACUUAUCCUUCGUUUCCUCCUCCACCGCCACGAAUACUUACUUCAAUAAAUUCAGGGAUAUUAUCAACUACAUCACCAUCAACAACAAUAUCAACAACCAUUACAUCACCGAUAUCAUCAAAUGAACUAAAUUUUUCUCGUAGUAGUCCAGUAGGUGCAACAGAGGCAAUAACAACAAUAUCGACAGAAUCUGGAGCUACGAAUGGAAAUAGUGGGGGUGGUUGUUAUACAAUGAUUGAUUGA